AUGGCUUUCAAGCAGAAGAAACGUGUAAGGAAAACCAAAAACAAGUACCUGAAGCCUGGCGCACUUGCCCAGAUCCGAUAUAAUAGAGCUACAACGAAGCCAUGCACAGACAUAGGCAAGAAAAGGGUCGUACUCCAUUCCAAGGAAGCAAAAAUCGGCCUACUACGCCAAACACAGCUUGACAUUGAUAUCACUCCAGUGACAUCACCCGACAGAAACAUUUUCGGAACAGCUGCGAGACUGGCCGAUGGGAACAGAUCAUAUAAGUCGCCAGUAACACCGAAAACCCCCAUGGCUACUGAAUGCGAUUCAAUGUCGAGGCUUGAAUCUCUUCCAAUGGAUCUACUGGUAUGUCUUGGGCACCGAACCUUUGGCCGGUUCUCUCAUGCACCUCUUCUUUUGCUAUAAAUACUCUCGUUUAUCUGCCAUUAAUGGAUCUGUAUGUAUGUCAUUCUAACCUUCUUUCUUUUUAAGGUCAAGAUUCUCUGUCACCUGCAUCAUGAUCAACUCAAAGCUGUCUUCCAUGUUUCUCAAAAGAUUCGAAAGGCAGUAAGUACUUCUUGUUCGAUCGUACAUUCUAGACAUAGAUGCCGAAGUUGCAGCAAUUAAUUAAGUCAAUAUUCACUUCAAGCAGCUUCCUUUCGUUAUUCGUAAGCACUGUAGAAAUCGGAAUGAUAAAUUGGCCUGCGAAAUAAUGAUCUGGAUUCAUCUCCAGUAACCCUUUUUUUUUUUUUCUCCAAGACGGUCCAGUAGUCUCAGGGAACCAUCGCGCUUGUUCAUCGCUUCACUGCUCCGUUGACUUCCCUUUUCGUUUUUUAUUUUUGUCCCCUAUUAAACGUUCUGGUUAUCAUAGUCAACUCUCAUCGACCAGGUUUUGCUCGCCAGACAAUACCAUUUCAAUUACACAACUCCAGAUCGAUCCCGUCAGGAGAUGCUCAACACAAAGACUCCUCUCCCCACCGAGCACUGGCCUUUCAUAAGGUAUCUAUCCUUUACAAGAAGCUCCUCUUCCUACGAGGAGCAAACUUCUUCUGUCCACUGACUCACAGUUUUCUUCCCUCUUCAGCAAAGGCGACGGUAAUGGCGGCUGGGGCCCGAACCCUAGAACCCCCAAAGCUCCCCGGCACGGCCCUUGCCCACCUCGCGUUCACCUGAUGGACGUGAGCCAGAUCGCCGCCGUCCUCUUCCAAGAGUCCGCCCUUCCUUCGCGGCUGCGUGUGCCGCCUGGUUUGCCGAAGCCCAUUUGCAAGUCAGUCGCCUCUACCAGGGUUCUCUUCUACGAGGACGAGCUUUGUCAGGCAGUAGCGCAGAAUAAACUCCAUUAA